GCGUCGCGACGCUCUCGCCGUCAUUCCCACGCGCAGACACCCAAGUCGCGGUACCCGGCAUCCUCGGACGUCAUCGUCGUCGUCAUCGGUGACUCACGGAGGUGGCACGUACCCUAUAUUAUCAGGAUUCCGUGAGGAACAAACGGGAGAAUCGCUCGUGCGAACGGGAGCUUCAUCCCCCGAGAAACGCGACAGCAAGUUCUCUUCUUUGCGUCUUCUUUCACUGGGGCUCCGAGAAGAUAAAUAUAUCCUCGUACCUCGACUACGAUCUGCAGGACCCGCGAAAUCGCGCUGACAGUUUUGUCACAGCAACAGAUAAUUUCCGGAACCCAGCGUCAUGAAGUCGAAAUCGAGUCUGAUCGCUACGAGAAUCAUCAUGUUCUACCUGUUGAGCGUCGUCGGACGAUCAGCAGCGGCGAUGGAAGAGGCGCCGUCCUCGUCUUUGCAUUUUCCACGAUUGAAUCCGUUGAGCAACCUGGAGUACGACGAACCCUCUGAGAAAAGGGCGUACGCUUACAUUUCCGAGUACAAGAGGCUACCGCUUUAUAACUUCGGCAUUGGAAAGCGAUGGAUCGACAGUAGCGAUGAUAAACGGACUCGGCCGUUCUCGUUUGGUAUCGGAAAACGUCUCAGGGACUACAGGUUCGGCAUAGGGAAGCGUAAUAACGGAUACCGUCCCUUGGGCAUGGAUUAUUUCUCAGUCGACAACAUGGAGGGCUAUCAUUCUCGCGAGGAUAAUCUGGAUGACUUUAUAGAUGACAAGCGCGCCAGCAAACCCUUCAGUUUCGGCAUCGGGAAACGAGGCUGGAAGCUGGAUGAAAUAGCCGGAAGAAGACCAAACGAUCUUGUCGGCUCAAAAUAUCUUCUUGGUUUGGGCAAAGGAAUAGUCGAGGACGAAAAUCUGAGCCAAUAAAUAGUUUUCAUCGCGAAGCACGGAAAAUAGAAAGAUUUAUCAUUUAAUUUAUCAUUUAUCAGUAAGUGUGUUAAUUAACUAUUAAUUUGUACAAUAUAGAAUAUUAAUAGAGUUAUAACAAACUUAUAUUAUUAUUAGAACCCGACAUCGACAUGUAAAAAAUAAGUUACAUAAGUUACAUAAUUUUUUCAACUGCCUUCCAUUAAUAUUCAUGUGUUUUGCUAUAUUUUUUUUCAAAAGAAAUGAAUCACAUAUGUCUCGUUCUGCGAUCAUCUAGGGAUUAAAGUGAACACGGAAGAAAACAAGAUUGAUUUCUUAUUAUAAUUAAAUGAUAAAUCUUUCUAUUUUCCUCGUAAAUAAUAAAUUUGAAUUUAUUCAAAAAUUUUAUUGAAAUUGUUACGCAACUAUCUUGAUAAGUAUCCUUCUGAAUGCUAAGAACAAAAUUGAUCGUCCGUGGAGGUUAAAAGCGAUAAUGAGAUCUUGAAAUCUCUCUUUUCCAAAAUUUGCUGUGAAAUUUGUGCGUCAUCCACUUGAAAAUGUUACAAAAAAAAAAUGAUGGAAGUAUUUCAAUGAAAAUACCGUAGAGAAAUUCUUUUAGAUUUUUUAGACAAGGUUGUUUGAUUUUAUUAAUCCUCUUUUCUCCCAAUUUCGAUAUAAUUAAUAAUUAAAAUGUUUGCGUAUUUGCAGAAUAAAAGUUAAAAAGAAAAAAAGAAAAACAUUUACAAUAUCUUUUGUUUCCUUUAAAAUAAAGUGUUAGCUUUCGUUUAUGAUUUUUGAAUAUUUUGCAGUCAUAAAAUACAAUGAUAAU